GUAAAGUAACACGUGUUCUUUAAGUCAUGCUAUCUUUCUACUUUUUUCUCGGUUUUACAACCCUAGGCACGGUUUGUUUACAGUGGGCGAAUAGCGCCCAACCCGACGUAGAAACAACUCGCGAUUUUGCCUCGAUUCCGGGUCAUUUGGAAGAGCUUGGCGCGAAGAACACAAAACGUUCUGUCGAAGUGAUUCAAAGUUUUCCAGACCCUGAAACAUUUUUCAGAACAUACGUGGACGGAAGUAAACCAGUUCUGAUCCAAAAUGGAGCAAAAAUGUCGUCAGCAUUUGAAAAAUGGACGGAUGAGUAUUUCUUGUCGCUUCCCGAAUCGAGCGAGCACAAAAUCCAGGCGGAACAAAGAAAGAAGGAGAAGAGAACAGUUCCUCCAGAGGAAAUGUCCUUUAGUGAUUUUGUCAAGACGUACACGGAAAAGGAUAUCUAUAUGGUCAGCAGUGUUCCUGAAUUUAUAAGGUGGGUUAUUGAAGUUAGUUCUGUUUAAAAAUCAUUGUAAAUCUCGGUAUAAAGAAUUUGAUUUAUGCGUUUUUACUAAGAUGAAUGUCGUACUAUUGUUGCACUGUUAAUAUCCGUCGUUUACAGUUGACUGAUUUUGUCGUAAUAUCUUUUGUUUAGUUCCAAAAUAGCUUGUUAUUAAAGGAACUAUGUCACAAGGAUAUGGCCGUUUAGGGUCACUUCUGUGCUAAAACUUAAGUUGGGCCAACUUUUUAAAGUUUUAGUCCGUGUCCAUCAUCAUCAUCCGAAGCAAAAGGAAACUGGAAGAGUUUCAAUGCCUACAGUUAGCCUAUAAAACAGCCGAUAUUUCGCGACGCUACCACUGGUUUAGCUUGGUUUCCCCGCGAAAUCACGUCUGAGAAAUGAGCGCAGAAAUUCCAUACUGAUGAUGCGUCACUACCCAGAUCUGAGUACUACUUUUGAUUGGUCGUGCCGCUUGAGAAGGUUGCUUCAAUCAAUCAGAAGCACUUCCCAGAUCUGGAUAGUAACACGUAUGGAAUUCUCCGCUCGUUUCUCAGACAUCAUUUCGCGGGGAAACCAGUGGUGGAAAUGUCGGCUGUUUUCUCAGGCUAAAAUAUAGUCUAAAAAACCAAAACUGGACCAUUGUUUUCGGAUACCAAAACACUUUUUACCUUUUUAAAAAUAUAGCAAAAUGACCGAAAUAAAAGUUAGGCCACCGCUCAACUGCUAGUGGUUACCCGUACUAACUGUUCAUCCUUCAGUCACGGAUUACAUAUACAAAAACGGGAAAUUAACUUUUUUAACAGGGUGUUUUACGAUCCUGUGGGCUCCAAACGUCCUUUUCCAAAAAGACUAAGAUGUGAAAAUAAACCACCCCCGCCGUUUUGCCUCAUUGUUGGGUAGUUAUAGCACAAGAGGACUUUAAUUAGAAAAAAACACUUAAGCUUUUUUCCGCGUUACUUUGUUUAGUGUAUUCAUUUACGUUUGUAUUCAAUCAUGUGUGUAUUUCUAGCCUAGCAACUAAACAUAAGCGCAGUAAUAUAAUCCAUGAUCAACAAUGAUUAUGGUCCAGAGAUGGAAAUGAUUAUAGCAAAUGUAGCAAAAAAUGGCCACAGGGUUGGCGUAAAUCCAAAAUUCAAAUAAAAUGUUAUUGCACGCAAUAGCAAACAUGGCAAAUGUCUCAAAAAAAAGAAGCCGAUUCCUCUGCAUGAAAUUUUCUGUGCCUGGCUUGGGGCACAAGCCAGUAAUUACUUUUUUAUUUUUAUAUCAUGUAGGAAAGAUAUAGUACUUCCUCCCCCUCUGUUGUGCAGAGAUAUCACGGAAGCGGACAUGAUAGCCGACGCGGUAAGUAAUAACCAGCUGAUAUCAGUGUAAUAUUAUAACAAUAUGCAUAAUAUGUGCUCAAGUGAUAUGGUUGUGCGCGUGCGUAAGGUAUUGGCCAACAGGGGAUUACUGCGCGGCUGUGUAGUGUGACCAUUUGGACCAAGGGUAAGGGAGCUUAAGGGAUUGGACCUCCGUACGGAGCCUCUCCGUAUAAUUUUUUUGUUUAUCCCCCAGGACUUAUUGAACUCUUUCAGUGUUAUUGUCCUUCUUACAGUAUAUUCUCUCUUAUUACAGGUGAUGUGGUUUAGCAGUGGAGGAACCAAGUCUGUUUUACACCUUGACGAUGGACUUGAUAAUAUCAACUGUUUGUUUAGAGGGACUAAGGAACUAUUAUUCAUUGAUUACCAAAAGUACAAACACGUGGUACGCUAACUCAUUUAACAUCGUAUUUUAUAUACUACAUUUACAAUACAUCCUCUAGAAUGGCCCGCUGAUAGCCAGAGGGAGGCGCUAUUUUGUCCAAUGGGCCAUUUCCGAGUUGUCCCAGCCUCUGUUUGAAAGCGAGGCUGAGUAAAUGAGUUUUUAAUCCUCACGCAAAUAAAAAUCAUUUUCCCAAGAAAGGUUUUACGUUUAGCCUCGUCAUGAGAGUUUUUUGAACUCGGAAAUGGCCAGUUCCCCCUCCCACGUUGAGUACUUCGAAAAUACUCCCAGCUCGUUCUGAUAUAGGCUUUCAAAAAAGUCCUUCGUUCGAUUCUGCGUCGCUCGGUUGACCGCUUUGCGGCCUAAAGAGCUCGCUCCGCUCGCUGGGAAGUUCGUGAGUUCGAUAUGUAGCAAGACUAUAGUUCUGAUAGGACGCCAUCUACCGUCGACGCCAUAAGUGGAUUUAGUUUGUGGUUGGUUAUCUUCGUUGAUUGCUCCGAGAGGUUUUUCUCCUUCCGGUUUUCUUAUCUCCUCAAAAACUAAUAUUUUCAAAUUCUAAUUCGACCAGGAAUCAUGUAGACAAAGAACCACUACGUGGAUUGCUGCCUUUGAAUUUUUAUUCAUUGUUAUUCAUCUAUUAUUUACGCUUCUGUCGAGUACUUUACAUGACGAUACAGUAGUCUUAUACGGAUAGUUUGGCUUUAGAAAGUUGUUCAGGGUGGAUUUUAUUUCAGCUCUCCCCAGGACAUCUCAAAUUUAGAGAGGAAAUCGUUGAAAAAACUUGUUUUUAAAACAUAUUUUGGAUUGAUGAAGAAAUGUUAGACUCCUGAACGAUUUUCAUAAUUGCAUAAUUAUCAGUUCCCGGGUUGAUUACGAACAAAUGACCAGCUCCCAGUUGACUCGCCAGCUCAAUUGGUUAGUGCGCAUGCGCCUCACCGGUAUCACGCGCAGUGCUCAGGAUUUUGAAAAACCUUGAAUGAAACCGAAUCCCGACAAGCCUGAGAUGUUUUCAGGCCUUGUUUUUGCAACAGCAUAAGGUGCGUAUUUAACUGGGAUGAUCUUCUCUGCAUUUAUUUCCUGCUUCAUCCCGCAAUUCAAAUAUAUCAGUAUAUUAAAUCAUUCCUUGAUAAAACAACGACAUGACACCGGUUCUUCACUCAAGAUAUCUGUACCCUUUAUAAUACCAGUUAUUCUGGAUUAAAAAUGUAGUUUUUCCCUCGGAGAUUUAGGACCCUAUGGCUGUUUUUUGAUAAACUCUAAAUCAUGGUUGUGAUAAAGUCUUUGAAACCCUCUUGAAAAACAUGCAAUUUGGCUAAGCUAGCCAACAUAAGACUAAAAAGGUUUCUCUCAGAUAAAAAAGAGGCCAACAUUCAUGUAUCUCGGACUAACAAAGCUUGGCCAAUAGAGCGGCUUUUAUUUAAUUUUCUGCGUAAACAAAAAAGGCUACUUCUAGCCCGAUCUUGCCUGCUGGGUAGCCAAAGAGAAUUAGCUUCAGCUAGGAAUAUGAUAAAAUAACCUGAAACGCAUAUUCCAAUAUAAAUCUAGUUUAAUCAGUGUGAAUGGGUUUUUAGAUUCUAAGACGAGUACGACAACAAGUACGAGAUUUCCUCAAUACUAAGAAGUGCUCGCGCGUAAACCAGCGUCAUUUUGGCGGGAAAACGUGGUAGCCGUCGUCACUCUAGUAAGAGUUUUAACGAGAAUGUCGAAGUUGGCGGAAACAAGUCAUCAAAUGUUAGAAAUUUUAUCAUUUUGCGAUCGGGAGAGGGAGUAACCUCGUUCACUAAAGAUAAAACCGUGCUAGCAACAGUGCUUUUUCUAGUGAAAAAUGGUGAAAUGAAGCUUUCCGGGAAGUCUAUAUUUUGAGAAUACGGGAAAAAACUUUCAGGCAUAUCUCGUACUCUUAAAAAGUCGUCCUCGUCCUUGAAUCUAAAGGUCUCUAUUAGCUUUGUAAUAACGAAUUUUUCUAAAUAUAAAACAAUAUUUCCUUAAAGGUUCCCAUUGAUUUUCCGGCGGAUGGCUAUUCCGGUGUGGACGUAGACAGGUAUAUAUAUGAAGGCUAUAAACUUUUAUUUUUGCCAAUCCAAAAUAUUCCUUUCUUUUUGAUUGGCUUAAGUCCCACAGCUAGUUCUUGAUAGCUAGUUAGAGUUGGUGAAAUUUGAAAGGUGUUUGCUUUUAUUUUGCGAUUGUUGACGACAAUGGUAUAAUAUCAGAUAGGAUAUCAUCUGAACUGUUUGGUGGAGUUCCAAAAAAAUGGCGGACGAUUACGCACCUUAUGCGUAGAUGAAAUAACCGAGACAGAACAUUACAUACUGCACUCAAAAAACAGACUACCAAGUUAGAAAGUUCUAAUCGCUGAAGUCUAAGAUAGAAUCUCCAGCAGUUCUCGGAAAGUCAGUUUUUAAGAAGGAUAAACUCAUUCUGACCGAGAGAGAGUCCCAUGAUUCCAUAUUGUUCUGACCUUUAAAUAUUUAAAUUGCAAUUUAUUUGGUGUGCGUAAUGGGUGACAGUCGGGAGAAAUCGGAUGUGCUUAAGCAGGCGGCGAGGAGCCCGGUCAUGCUCAUAUCGUCGCGAUAUUUUUUUAGGUGCUUUAAAACGAAAGCAAGAAUUAAGUUUGUGAUCUAGCUUAUCACUUUUAGUGUUUGGCACAAUCUAACCGCCAUGAUAAGCUAGCAAAAAAAUUAGUUCAUUCUCGCAAGGAGACUAGUCUAAGGUAACCCUGUUCUUGCCCCAGACCCUCGAUCAUGUUUCUCUUUCCUGGGGGCACGAGUUUCUAGGGUGGAGAAUGUAGAUUUGCGAGUAGCUUUAUCGGUGUUGUAUUUGUGUCUUUAGGGUGGACUUUGAGAAAUAUCCUGGACUUAUUGACGUGGAAUAUUACAAUGUGACUAUGCAGGCAGGGGAUUGUCUGUUCAUUCCCCAAAGAUGGUAAUUAUUCUAUUAACUUGAGAUCUAGAAAAACUGAAUGUAAAAUAAAACGCCGAAUCAUUGUCAGUCCGAAUCAUCUUUUCACGCAGUACAUUUGAAUUACCGAGUGAUUUCGAGGGACAAACAAAACACUAAGAACAAUAAUAAACAAUUGAAAUAAGUAGUAAAAAUUAAGUUUUAGAGAAUACAAUUUUGAAGGUGUCCUUACUUUUGGCCAGAGAAUAUUUUACAUUUUGAGCUGUUUUGGAUAAGGUGCUUAAUGAAUUCUGAUAGAUACACAAAAAAUAUUGUAGUCGUGAGAAUCGAAUAUUGCAAUCAUUGACGUUGCAAAAUUAAAGAAGAUUCUCCGAAAGUAUUGUUCACGCCAAUUUACGACUGUCUCGUGACAUUUUGCGAAAAGAAUAGGUACUAGGCCUGCUUUAUUUGUUGCUGCCCUGUCCACACUAGUUCGUUUUCGUUGUCAUCGAAAACGCAUCGAUCGAUUCGUGUCCACACUACCGUUUUCAUGCCAUCUCGACUGUCCACAAAACGGUAUGGAAUUGCUCGUUGUGACGCAAGUUGAACUCUUUGCGCAUGCUACAAUCCAACGCGCCUGCGAUAUUUUCGGUCGUUCUUUUCAUUCGAUGCGUUUUCGACCGUCUACACUAAUACGAUAUGUAUGCGUUUUCGUUUUGAUCCACUUAGUUUCACAAACGUUUUCAAAUCGAUGCGUUUUCGAUGAAAACGCUCAGCGUAUUAGUGCGGACGGAAGGCCUAAACGCGUCGAAUUGUAUGCGUAUUAGUGUGCGCGGGGCCUAAGGACCCUCUUCUUUUACCCUAGACAAUGAUUCCACUGAAACUCGGUAACAACUGGUAAAUUUGUUGAUGCUGAGAAUGUCUAAAAACCUGACACUAGCAAUAUGAGUUUGUUUUGCUUUUGAAAGGUUUCAUCAAGUUCGGUCGUAUGGACGAAACAUAGCUGUGAAUCUAUGGUGGCAUCAUUUUCCGAAGUUCAUACCACAGAACUGCGAUGGAAUGGAACCGAAUCAGACGCUAGAAAAGUUCAAUUUUACCUCACUGGAUGAGUUAAUGGAGUCAAGAGAACAAGACAUGUUGUAA